AUGAAUAUCUUAAAUCAAAAAUAAGUGUAAGAAAAAUAAGAAACAAUAUGUAAAAUUCAUAAUCUAGAAUUGAUCGCUGUUGACUUUGACUUAUCGGAUAAAUCACAGAUUUAAUUCUUUUGUGGUAAAUGCUUAGUUGAGAAAAUGAAUAAUAAUAAAGUGGCUACGAUUGAGUAAUCAAAAGAGAGAAUCUAAUUAGUGAAGGCUUAAUAAAGAGAUGUCAAAACUAAAGAGAAUCAAGCAAGAUUAAGCUAUUAUAAAAAUAUAUUAGAUUAAAUUAUGGAUUUCAAAUAAUCAAUAGAUGAUUCUUUGGAGAAGAUGUACAAAUAAAUAUAAUAAUAUAUAUAUCCAAUUUAAAAAGAAAAAUAAGAAUUAUAAGAAUAUGAAUAAUAAUUAAAUUACUUUGAAGACAUAAAAUAAUUGUCUGAAUUAUAUUC